AUAAUAUUUUCCUGCACCACUGACGGAGUUAUCAUCAUGUGCAUGCAUUCAGUGCUGAUCGGAGGCCAAGAACAAGCCACCUUUCUAAUAAAGGCUCAUGAGAUGGGACUGACAGACGGGAGAUAUGUCUUUGUACCAUAUGACACUUUACAUUACAGCCUUCCUUAUAAAAACAACUCGUACCCCAUCUUGGAUCAAAACAGUAAACUGCAGGAAGCCUACGAUGCGGUGCUGACCAUCACAAUGGACUAUGAGGAAAAGUCAUUUUAUGAUGCAUUUGCCGAGUUCAAGGAGAAGGGAGAAAUAAACACGUCUUUGGAGCCACAACAGGUUUCCCCUCUAUUUGGAACCAUCUAUAAUUCCAUAUACCUAAUGGCCAAAGCUAUGAGCAGCGCAUGGAAACAAGGGGCCUGGAUCUCCGGAGCGAACCUUGUGACAUACACCAAAAACUUGGAUUAUCCUGGAUUUACUCACAUGCUUUACACAGACGGGAAGGGGAACGGCCUCAGCAGCUUCGUGGUCCUGGACACAGAUGGUACGAUGAAUCAGCUCUUCCCCACCUACUCGGUGGACAUGGCCUCCAAUAUAGUGCGCUUCUUGGGAAAGACCAUACGUUUUCCAGGCGGGACUCCUCCUGCUGCAGACUCCAGCUGUUGGUUUGAUCCAGACACUUUGUGUAUUGGAGGGAUUGAACCAUCUAUUGUCAUCCUGGUGUUCGGCUUGGUGUUCGCCUUGGCUUUAUGUGGCGUUGGUGUCUCUUACCUCAUCAGGCACAGCCUCCUGCAGAUACAGCUGGUGAAGGGGCCCAACAGAAUCCUAUUGUCUCUGGACGACCUGACCUUUAUCAACCCCAAGCUGAGUAUAAAGAAGCUGAAUAUUGAUAACUUAAGUGACACCAAAAGUGUUUCUGACUGCAAAAGCCUGAAAUCUAUCACUCGCUCGCUGUCUGUCAACUACGAGAACUCCAACGUGGCCGUGUAUGAGGGAGACUGGGUUUGGCUGAAGAAGUUUGAGCCUGGUGUGUACCACGAACUACGGCCUAGCACGACCAGCACACUGCGCAAGAUGAAGGAUUUGAGAAAUGAAAAUGUCAAUCCCUUUCUGGGCUUCUUUUCCGACUGCGGCAUUUUUGCCAUUGUGACCGAACAUUGUUCCCGAGGAAGUCUGGAGGACCUGCUGAGGAACGAGGACGUCAAGCUGGACUGGAUGUUCAAAUCUUCUCUACUCUUAGAUCUGAUUAAGGGAAUGAGAUAUUUACAUCACAGAGACUUUCCUCACGGACGGCUGAAGUCACGGAAUUGCGUGGUGGAUGGCAGAUUCGUCCUGAAGCUCACAGAUUAUGGUUAUAACGAAAUUGUGGAAAAUCAGAAAGCCCCCCGCAGCACUCUUCCCCCUGUAGAAUUGUUUUGGACGGCUCCAGAACUCCUACGAGAUCAGAACCUGGCCCGGAGGGGAACCUUUAAAGGCGACGUCUUCAGCUUUGCCAUCAUACUGCAAGAGGUGGUCGUACGGGGUCCGCCAUACUGCAUGUCGGGGCUCUCAGCUGAGGAAAUCAUCAGGAAGGUAAAGAAGCCACCCCCCUUGUGUCGCCCGACUGUGGCCCCUGACCAGGCCCCGCUGGAGUGCAUUCAACUCAUGAAGCAGUGUUGGAGUGAGUUAGCGGAGAGGAGGCCGACGUUCGAUGAAAUCUUCGAUCAGUUUAAAACCAUCAACAAAGGAAAGAAAACCAACAUCAUCGACUCCAUGCUGAGGAUGCUGGAGCAAUACUCCAGUAACCUAGAGGAUCUGAUCCGGGAGAGGACUGAGGAGCUGGAGGUGGAGAAACAGAAGACGGAAAAACUUCUCUCGCAGAUGCUGCCUCCAUCUGUCGCUGAAGCUCUGAAGACCGGAGGUACGGUGGAGCCGGAAUAUUUCGAUCAGGUCACCAUCUACUUCAGUGAUAUCGUCGGCUUCACCACCAUAUCGGCCCUGAGUGAGCCCAUCGAGGUGGUCGACCUUCUCAAUGACCUUUAUACUCUAUUCGAUGCAGUUCUGGGAAAUCAUGAUGUAUAUAAGGUGGAGACCAUUGGUGACGCCUACAUGGUGGCCUCAGGGCUUCCCAAGAGGAACGGAAACAAGCACGCGGCCGAAAUUGCCAACAUGUCUCUAGACAUCCUGAGCUCUGUGGGCACCUUCCAGAUGAGACACAUGCCGGACAUACCGGUCAGGAUCAGGAUAGGUUUGCACUCAGGGCCUUGUGUAGCUGGAGUGGUCGGCCUCACUAUGCCACGAUACUGUCUAUUCGGAGACACUGUUAACACGGCUUCACGGAUGGAAUCCACCGGACUGCCUUAUAGAAUCCAUGUCAACCAAAGCACGGUGGCCACGCUGCGCACCCUCAAGGAGAACUACCAAAUACAGCUUAGAGGAAAAACGGAACUGAAGGGUAAAGGUAUAGAAGAAACGUACUGGUUAGUAGGAAAAGAUCAUUUCACCAAACCAUUACCGAUACCGCCAGAUAUAAAGCCGGGGGAAGACUGGCAGGAAUUGAUCAACAAGGAAAUUAAAUCAAUAUUUUGGAGAAAAAGAAGGAGCGUGGUGGUGUGAAAUAUUGGUGUGUUUUUUUUUUUCGAAACUUGACAACUUUCCUCCAUCUUGAAUUUGGUGGAUAGUCCUACACUUGUCUGGAGGACCACACUACUUGGUGAUUAUUUUGAUUGGACUCUCGGCCCAAGAGAGCAAGACUGGAAGAUUUUACUACUGAGAUCGAUUGAGAUGAAGGCGAUCAAUGAUGGUCAAUGAAAGUCAAUGAAUGUUUUUGGUUCUGAGAGUUUAGUAGCACGGUAGAUGAUGUAGCCGUUCUGUAGAAAACUUUGUUAUCCUGAUAGAUGGGUGUAGCCUAUAUCAAAGCUGCAAUAUGUACUCUGAUUUUUAAUGCAGUAACGUGAGCAAUAUGGACUCUAAAGGGUCUUAUUAACAGAUCAAAAAAUUUUGGUGAAGUGGAAUUUUCUUAUCUGCACUAAAAUUGCUAACAAAAUCUAAUGUAGCUAGAGGAACAUUUUCAGCUAAGUAUAUUAAAAUGCUGCCAAGGUGACUGGUAAUAUCUAUAAGAUAAAAAAAAACUAAAAUGGAGUAGGUUUUGACAGUAAGAAAAAUUUCCAAAAUUGAAAUCCAAUUUUGAUAACUACGUCUAUGACCAUUGUAUAUUUGUAGUUCGGAAAAAUAUCAUUUCUAACAGGGAAGUUAAAGGUUUUUUCUAAAAAAUUAAUUACAAAAACAUUACACAAAUGCAAAAAAUCUUUAAUACUAGUAAACUAAAAAUGAAAAACUGAUUAAUAAAUAAUAAUAUUAAGAAGGUCAAAGACGUAGAGGAGCAAAUGGAGAAUUAACUAUUUAUUCCUCAAUAAAUGAAGGCACUUGUAUGAUAGCCAGACAGCAGGAGAAUAAUGAAGAACAUAGAAUUGUGUUUUAAUAUAUUGUAUUAAAGGGGUUAUCCAGGAAAAACUUUUUUUUAUAU